AGACUGUAGAGUUGGUCAAUUGCUGUCAUUGUGCUCCAAGCCCAUCGCAUGCCCUCCCGAAGCUCUUCAAUAUUUCGAAUGUUCUCUCUGUCAUUAUAGUACUACCAGUCUUGGACCCUCCGGACGUCACCCAGGGACUUUUCGCGCGAUCGACUCGGUACCAACGUUACGCAUUCCAACAAUGGCACCGUCUCUGACCCUUCGGCCUCGCACUCGCGAUGACCGCCCUCCCACGAGGGACAACACCGACCACAGUCUCAUCAUCCCCAGCCGGACGUCCUCGCUGCACUCGCGCAUCACCCAGCCCCUGCCGUCGACCUUGAACGUCAAACAGGGUGCUCGCAGCCCCAAGACAUUGACCCAUGCGUAUAUGGUAUGUGGUGUUGGCCGGGAACCGUCGCAAUGGGUGAAGGCCCCAGCACCAGCUCAGGGCAAGAUUGGGCACAUGAAGGGUGCGGUCGGCACCUUCUGGCUGCCGGAGAUCUUGGGCAGCAGUCCCAGACUGGAGCAAGAUAAUGAGAUUGCGAGGUCGCUCCACGCCGCUAUGCGGGCCUGCUUUCCUCACGAUGUCGAGAUCUGUACCGGACGGAGCCAGCCACACUGCGUGCACCAUUCGUUUGUUCUCCAGCAGGAUUCCUCUCACACUCUCUAUGGUAUCGCCCUGCGCGUAUGGUCCCGCGCUGAUGAGAAGAGAGCCGAGACGAUCCGCGACCUGCGCAAGCGCAUCGAACCGGACUUCUACGACAACCCGGACGAGACCUACUGGAUCCCGUACUGCCUGAGUUUCCUUUCGAGGUAUCCCUUGUACAACUUGCUUGGCGACUAUCUGCGAGGGAUGUGGAUCCACUGGAACAAGGCCACGAAUCUGUUCCACGCCGAAGAGGUGUCUCGAAUACUGAGCUUCCCUGCGCCCCGUCUGAACGAUCUAGUCCGCAUUGAUAUGAAGGAUUACGCGUUGUGCUACCAGUUCCCCUCAUCGCCAACCGGUUUCCAGAACUUCGCCAUGUGGCCGCUGUUCACCUGUCUCUCUAUUCCCAACAUUGUUGGUGUGGUUGAGGCUGCAGUAUCGCCAACACGACGAAUCAUCUUCACGAGUCACUACCCCGCAGUCCUCACUAUUGCAGCUGAAACGGUGCGAUAUUGUGUUCGGGUGUACGAGUGGAGCGGUCUGUACGUCCCUGUCGUGCAUGCGCGUCACGUCAAGGACCUUGUACAAGAACCCGGCCCGUACAUUCUUGGUGUAACAUCGGAAUGCCGAUCGCUGUUCACCGCUCCCACCGACGCCCUUGUGGUCGACUUGGACCGAAACUUCGUGCUGACUUCGAGCCCUCCGUCCGCCCUGACUGCUGGACAGAGGACGAAGAUGAUUCAGCGUCUCACACAAGCUCUCAACGGCGAAGUGUCGCCGACUGGUGUCCCACAGCAUCUGCGUUCUGCGUACGGUGGCGGAAAGCUGAUCCCUGCGGGCCAGAUCAUCGUCAUGCGCGGUGAGGUUGAGAGUAUCCAGGAUCCAGACUGGUGGAACCAGGAUGCUGUCAUGGCCGUUAUGGAUCACGUGUGCGAUAAGCUCGGCCGCAACAGUGGAAUGAAGGCAAUCUUCGGUGGAGCCGUCAAGAAGCCGUUGAUGACCAAGGUUUCUAUGCGCCAUCUCAACGAGAUUGUCCGUGAGCGCAACCAGUACUCCCGUGAUGCUCAGGAAGCUUGGCAGGACUUCAUCAACCUCAAGGGCCGCAUGGACACGGAGCUGUCCAAGGUCUCCAAGCGCAACAACUUCUUGGUCGAAGAACUCGAGAGCUGGAAGCAGCAAUUCCUCAAGUUCCAGACCUUCGCUGAGCAGCUCACCAAGGAGACCCAGGACCUUAAGGUCAAGAUCGAGAACCACAAGCGUGAAAACCGUCGUCUUACUGGCCUCAUUGACCAGCAGAAGGAUGAUGCCGCCCGUCUUACCAUCCGCCUCUCUGGAACCGAGAAGCAGCGUGAUGAUGCGCUGGAGGCACUUGUCCUCCAGCAAGAGAUCGCUGAAGAGCUCGAGCGGGAGAGGAAGAGGAACAAGAAGGAUCUGUCAGCUCUGCAGCACACCAACACUGCCAUCAUCCGACAACGUGAUGAGACUCAGCGCGUGGUCCUGCAUCUGCGCGCUCUUAUCGAGGGUCAGACUCACCACAUGGAGCACAUUGUCAAGUCUCUGAACCAGGAUGACAUGCACAACUACAUGGCCGAGGGCUUUGAGUCGGUCGAGGAGGAGGAUGAGGAAGAGCAGGAGUUCCACGACUCUGAGGUCCCUCAGACUCCCAGGAAGGACAGGUCCGAAGUUGGCACCAUUCGAGGCGUGGGCGGCCGUGACAGCCCAGCUGGUUCAAGGUCAAGCACUGCUAAUGGUACGCAUUUCGACGGCGAGGACGUCACACCCGACAUGGAGCACCGCUUACACAACUCUCCAGCGCGCAACUCGAAGCGAUUCUCUAACCAGUCCAUGGUCGAUGUUGCUGAUCGUGUCCUCCGCGACAAGACUGAUGCGAUUGCCUACAUCAUCCGCAACAUCUCCGAGCAGUGCGCCGCCGCCGUCGAGGGCCUCCAGCUCGCCCAGCGCGCUGACACCGAAGACGGCGACAACCACAGCGAGCGCCGCGCCAGCAUGGGCCAGCAAUCCACAAUCGACGGCCGCACGCAGUCGACAAUCGGCAGCGAGUACGGCGACGAGGACAUGCUGCGCCCCGGUCGCGGGUCCAGCAUCCCCCCUACCCCCGAUCUGACGCACCGAUCAAGCACAUCCAUGUCCAUGGCCAGCGCGUCGACAACACCCGACAGGUCCAGUCUGCAUCAUCGCAGCCACGACAUCCCCGACGUGCCCACGCGCAUCGUCGAGGACGAGUCCUUCGACGACAACAACUCGUACGCCGACCUCCCCGUCUCCAAGUACGCCACCCCCAUGCACCGCUCGCGACAAAGCUCGCGGCAGAAUGCGCGGUAGACCCGCACGGCUUAUGUACGAAGAUCCCUCAGCUGGCUCAAUUAGCCUCGCACCCACACCGCAACCGCAACAGCACUUGCACCCGCCUCCGGGCCCCGCCUCCAGGCACUCCGGCCUCGCAGCCACCCCAUUGCAUUCCGCCUCUCGUUGGGCGUGGCGUCGGCGUCUCCAGGAGCGACCCCACGCUCCCCCAUGCCCGG